AUGAAACAGUUAAAAUGUACAGAUUUUGUUAUUUUCUUGUUUUUUUUGUCUGAAUUUCUAACGCCACCCUCAAAGGCUCAAGAUGUAGAUAUUUCUCAAGUCACUCAGAAAUUUAUACUGGAUAAUGCUGAAUAUCUCACCAUUAUUGCAUCUGCUCAAUAUAUUCAGGAAGCCACCUUUGAAGAAGUGGAAAUGUUGACAAAAGAGAUGCUAGAACUCAAAGAUAAGUGCUUUGCUAAUGCGACACUUCCAGAAUGUACAACCUCAGCUGGUAACAUUUUACAGGACAGUAUAUGUGCUAAGGAAGACCUGUCACAAAAAUAUAAUUUAUCACACUGCUGCAAGGAGAUUGACCUAAAGCGAAGACUCUGUUUCCUCUAUAAUAAGAAAGCUGCUAUAGGAUUUAUCCCACCUCUUCCUACUAUGGAUGUGGAAGCAAAAUGUCAGGCCUAUCAACAGAAUAGAGAUAUUUUUAUAAACAAGUAUAUCUAUGAUUUUUCCAGAAGAGAUCCGUUUGUCUUCCCCUUGACACUGUUAGCCACUACUGCUCAUUUUGAGGAAGUGGCUAAGGCAUGCUGUGCAGAAGAAGACAAAGCCAGCUGCUUUCAAACAAGGGUGGAACCAGUCACACAAAACUUAAGAGUAAAGUCUUCUUAUCAAAAAAAUAUCUGUGGGGCAUUGAUGAGAUUUGGACCGAAAGUCUUAAAUGCUAUAUACACUGCUGUAAUUAGUCAAAAAUUUCCCCAGAUUGAAUUUAAAGAAGUUGCAUCUCUCCUAGAAGACUUUUCUUCCAAACAUGUUGCCUGCUGCGAAGGGGAUCUUAUACUGUGCAUCACAGGAAUGAACACAAUUAUGAGUCAUAUUUGUACAAAACAAAGUUCUACCUCCAGCACAAUCAGAGAGUGCUGUAAAAUGACAAUUCCAGAUCGUGAAGAGUGUAUCAUUUACAUGUAUAAAGAUGAGCCACCAAAGAACUUAUCUGGAAUAGAUGCAAAAUUUAUGGACAACAAAGAUGUAUGUGAACACCGAGAUGCUGACCGAAAGAGCUUCAUGACUGAGUUUCUUUAUGAAUACUCAAGGAGACAUCAAGAUCUUUCUAUACCAGAGCUUUUAAGAAUUGCUGAAGAGUAUGAGAAGCUUUGGGGAGAUUGUUGUGGAAAAGAAAACCCUUCAGAUUGCUACAGCCAUGUGGAAGAAAAAUUCAAUGAGACAACUGAGAAAAGCCUCCAGAUGGUAAAUCAAGAAUGUGCACGUUUUCAGAAUUUGGGGAAGGAUGACUUGAAAUACCACUACCUUGUCAAACUCACUAAGAUGGCCCCCCAGCUUUCUACUGAAGAGUUGACCAUGCUCAGCGAAGACGUUGCAUCAGUUUUGGACAUGUGCUGUGCUCAGAGUGAGAAGUUUGCCUGCGUUGACAAUUUGAUGAAUUCAGUCCUUGGAGAGUUAUGUGGAGUAAAUAAAAAUCAAACUAUCAACGCUGCUAUAAACCAGUGCUGUACAUCCAGCUUUGCUUUCAGAAGACACUGCUUUGAGGAAUUAGAAGGUGAUAAAACAUACGUGCCUCCUUCGACUUCUCAAGGUUUAUUUACCUUUCAUGCAGACUUGUGUCAGGCACAAAAUGGAGUACUCCAGGAAAAGAAGAACAGGUUUCUUGUUGACUUAGUGAAGCUGAACCCUCAACAUACAGAUCAGGAGCUUCGGUUACUGCUUACACAUUUCACUAAUGUGGUGGAGACAUGCUGCAAAGCAGAGGAGCCUGAAGCCUGCUUCAAUGAGGAGGGUCCAAAACUAGAAGCCAAAAGCCAAGCUACUUCAGAAACAUAA